AUGUGGGAACGGAACUACCCUGAAGCCGCCGAUGGGUUCACCGGUACCAUGACCAUACCUAGAGAGCUCAGAAUAGUAAAUGGCCAGCUUGUGCAGAAACCCGUAGUAGAAAUUGGCAACAUCAAGGGUAAUAAAGUUUCGGCGACAGAGGGAAAUUAUACUCUAUCUGACAAAGCCGGAGAAGUUAAUGUUGUUGCCGACGGUCGUACGGACUUUGAACUGUACAUUGCGUCCAGUAAUGUAACAGUGACGAUAUCUUACGAUGCAGCGAACGGCAAGGUGACGCUGGACCGCGGAGGCUCCGACGGUGUUCGUCGCACGGAUUGGAGACCUGCAGGGCGCGGGCAGCUGAAAUGGAGAAUCUUUGUGGACGCGAGCUCUAUUGAGCUGUUCUGCGGAGAGGGCGAGGUGAGUUUCUCGAGCCGAUUCUUCCCUGCAGAUGCCGUGACCAUUUACCAACGUGGCGGAGCAUCGGUAUUCAAGGUCCGCGACAUUGUACGCAGCAUGCCUCGACCGACAUGA